AUGUCGUCGCCUCGCCGGGACGGCUGCGGCGCGGGCGACGACCUCGAGGCGUCCUUGCUCUCCAAGGGGGAUGGAGGUAAGGUGGUGGUCGUCUUCGUGGCCCCGGAGGCGGCGGCGGCGGCGGCGGCGGAGGAGGAUCUGCCGCCGGUGCUCACGUGCAAGCUGCCUGGCCGGUUUGUUAGAGCGGUGAAGGAAGCCUGGUCCGUCCCGUUCCCGAUGAUGCGGUCCAUGUCGGCCGGCGCUGCGGGCGCCGAGGCACGGUCCAUAUUGGAACUCGCCCUGCCCAUGAUCUUAACCGGGUUGCUGCUGUACCUCCGGUCAAUGAUUUCGAUGCUUUUCCUCGGCCGCCUCGGUGGGCUGGCGCUCGCCGGGGGGUCCCUCGCCAUCGGCUUCGCCAACAUCACAGGGUACUCAGUGCUAUCUGGCCUUGCCAUGGGCAUGGAGCCCAUCUGCGGGCAAGCCUUCGGCGCAGGCCAUUACGAUCUCCUCGGCGUCACCAUGCAGCGGACCGUGCUCCUGCUCGUCGCGGCCGCCGCUCCCAUCGCCGGGCUGUGGGUUCACAUGCGGCCUCUGCUCCUGCUCUGUGGCCAGGACGCGGCCAUCGCGGCGGUCGCGGAGACCUACAUUCUCGCAUCCCUUCCGGACCUGCUCCUGCAGGCGUUCCUCCACCCAGUCCGCAUCUACCUGCGGACGCAGUCCAUAAACCUCCCUCUCACCGUGUGCGCCGCGCUCGCCAUUGCACUCCAUCUGCCCAUCAACUAUGUGCUCGUCUCCGUCCUCGGACUCGGAAUCAAAGGGGUGGCAUUGGCCUCUGUUCUGGCCAACCUAAACCUCGUUCUCUUCCUCUUUGGCUACAUAUGGUUGAAGGGCGUGCACAAGCGCACCGGCGGCUUCGCGAUAUCGGCCGACUGCGUCCGGGGCUGGGGCGAGCUCGUCAGCCUCGCGCUGCCGAGCUGCGUCAGCGUCUGCCUCGAGUGGUGGUGGUACGAGAUCAUGAUCCUCAUGUGCGGGCUGCUCGCGAACCCGAAGGCCACCGUGGCUUCCAUGGGCAUCCUGAUCCAGACGACCUCGCUCAUCUACAUCUUCCCUUCCUCGCUCGGCUACGGCGUGUCCACCCGCGUCAGCAACGAGCUCGGCGCGAGCCGGCCAGAGCACGCCGGCCGCGCCGCUACGGUGGGCCUCAUGCUCGGGUUCGCGUUCGGUGGCGUGGCGUCCGCGUUCGCGUGCCUCGUGCGCGGCUCCUGGGCGACCAUGUUCACCACCGACCCGGCGAUCGUCGCGCUCACCGCGUCCGUGCUGCCGAUCCUGGGCGCCUGCGAGCUGGGCAACUGCCCCCAGACGGCCGGCUGCGGCGUGCUUCGCGGCAGCGCGCGGCCCAAGGACGCCGCCAGCAUCAACCUCCGGUCGUUCUACCUCGUCGGCACGCCGGUGGCGCUCAUCCUCGCGUUCUGGUGCCACUACGACUUCAAGGGCCUGUGGCUCGGCCUCCUCGCCGCGCAGGCGACCUGCGUGGUGUGCAUGCUCCUCGUGAUCGGGCAGACGGAUUGGAGCGCGGAGGCCAAGCGCGCGCAGCAGCUCACCGGAGCGGUGGACAUCAAGGAGAGCAGCGGCAAAUACAGCAGCCACGUCGCAGUGACUGAGCAACCAGACGAGUGCUGACAAGCUGCUGCGGAAGUUCAGCAUUCCCGUCGGCUCUUCGGCUCUCUUAUUUUUUUUCCAUAUUUUUGGCGGGAGAGGAACAAGAGGCUAACAUAUGACAAUUUUGUUACCAAUUGGUAAAUCUGUAAA